CAUCAGGCCACGCCCACACCAUAAAAGGAAAGCACGUUCCUGCCCCAUGACCAAAAAAGGAGUGGUGUUAGGCCACGCCCACACCACCCAGGCCACGCCCAUGCCAUAUAAGGAAGGCACUUCCUCAUUCAGUGACCAUAAAAGGCGUGGCCUUGCCCGGUCAAUCAUCGGGCCACACCCACACAGGAGACCCCGUGCAUGCCCCGCCCUCUCCUCCCAAAGCCCCGCCCACUUAAGCCCCGCCCCUUCCAGGCUCAGCGAAUCCCUGACCCGGGACGGGGCCAAGAUCCGCGCCCACAUCCGGCUGGUGCUGGAGGGCCUGCGGGAGCUGCAGGGGCUGCAGGGCCCCUCCCCCACCCCGGACCCCUGAGGGACCCCUGGGCUGGCCCCGCCCCCACCUGGGUGUAAAGCUGGAGGAUUUUACACCUCGGAGUAAGCUGUGUGUAAAGCUGGAGGGUUUUACACCUCGGAGUAAGCUGUGUGUAAAGCUGGGGAUUUUACACGUCGGAGUAAGCUGUGUGUAAAGCUGGAGUAAAAUUGAGUUUUUUAUACCUCGGA